CUUCGUCGACGGUGAAUUUCGCUGAGCGGAGGGAAGGAGAGAGAGAGAAUUGUUGACGGCGUCAAUGGCGGUUCCGAGGGGAGGCAAUGGUCUGGUAGACGAAGAAGAUGUCGAUGGAGAGAACGCUCUGUUCGAGGAAAACGGUAUUGACUCUGACGCCGAUCUCGAUGUUCCGCCGCACCUCCGUGACUUGGCUGCAGCCGUUCAGACUGGCGACGUCGUCGGCUUACGUUCCGCUCUUGAUGUUUUGGAUGGUAGUGUUGACGAACCCCUUGAAGAUGGAGACACAGCUCUUCAUCUGGCCUCUCUAUACGGUCACCUGUCUUGUGUUCAGCUUCUCCUUGAAAGAGGGGCAAAUGUGGAGGUCAAGGAUGAAGAUGGAGCAAUCCCUCUGCAUGAUGCUUGCGCAGGGGGAUUUGUAGAGAUCGUACAGCUUAUUAUUAACAGAGCCAGUGGUCCUGACUGCGUGAAGAGGAUGUUAGAGACAGUUGAUGUAGAAGGUGACACUCCUCUUCAUCAUGCCGCGAGAGGCGAGCAUGAGGAUGUGGUAAGAUUUCUGCUGGCUUCUGGGGCUUCACCGAGGAUGACAAACUCUUAUGGCAAGACACCAGGUGAGUUAGCUGAUUCCAACACCGAAGCCAAGAGAAUUCUCGAAGCCGCCAUGUCUUGCUAAGAUGAGAAUCUCCGAGAUGGUAAUGGAAAUGGCCCAUCUUUUCAUCCUAUUUCCCCAGAGCAAGAAAGUAAGAAGGAAUUUCACCCCUUCGAAUUAUAUGUUAUGUUUAUACAAAGUUAGGCCUAUGGAUCAUGAUCUUCAGUCUCCUAGUUGAUCCGUAUGCUUUGUUAUUUCCUUGGAAGAUUUUGGUUACUGAAACACAAAUUAGGUUAUGAAAUCUAUCUAUCGGAAUAUUUGUCCUUUUUUAGA